ACGAAAACUUCACAUUCGAAAUUCCUUGUCAAUUGUUGUGGCAUCGUUUCUGUUGGGUCUUCUCGGCCAGCCAUGUCGCCCGAUGCCAUGGCCUUCCUGGCCUUCAGCAUGCACUGCUUCCGGAUCAUUGUCGUCUACUGCGUCUGUGUGAAUCUGCUGGAGCAUUUGCUGCAGCGUCUCCACGACUAAUGAGGAGCAGCAGCACAAAAUAAAGUCACCGAAAAUAAGCUAAUUUUGGGUUUCCCAUCCAUUCUGUUGCUUGUCUUUGGGUCUUUCGCAUUUCUGCUUUUUAUUUUUUCAACAGUUGGCCAAAUGAUUUGCAUUCAAGCUGAAAAUCGAUGCGAUUUACGCAAAUUGCAUAACAUUUUUAAUAGGUUUUUCAUCGGGCAUAAAUUACGAGUACAUCGAGCGAGAAGCACGAAACGGAAAUGGGCGAACGGCAAAUGGGAAAUGGGAAAUGCGAAA